CUAAAUAUUCCGGCUCAGUUGCUGUUUUCAGCCGCCAUUCGAUUUCUGGUCAGUUGAUAGUUGUUUGUUGUUAAUAAGUUGAGACUUUUGGCUUUCGUUAUUUUAUUUUGUUAGUAUUGAAAGCUAGCUACGCGUUCUUCGUGAUUUCUGAAGAACCAUAAGUUAUGGCCGAGUAUUUGGCGUCAAUUUUUGGAACAGAAAAAGACAAAGUCAACUGUUCGUUUUACUUCAAGAUUGGAGCUUGUCGACAUGGUGAUAGGUGUUCUCGAAUACACAACAAACCCACAUUCAGCCAGACUGUACUCCUGCAAAACUUGUAUGUGAAUCCCCAGAAUUCGGCCAAGUCUGCUGACGGUUCACAUUUAAUCAGCAAUGUGUCCGAUGAAGAGAUGCAAGAGCAUUAUGACAACUUCUUUGAAGACGUGUUCGUUGAGUGUGAAGACAAGUAUGGUGAAAUUGAGGAGAUGAAUGUCUGUGAUAACCUGGGAGACCAUCUUGUCGGAAAUGUUUACAUCAAGUUCCGUAGAGAAGAAGAUGCAGAGAAAGCUGUGACAGACCUGAACAACAGAUGGUUCGGUGGCCGACCUGUUUAUGCAGAAUUGAGUCCCGUCACUGACUUUCGAGAGGCUUGUUGUCGUCAGUAUGAGAUGGGAGAGUGUACACGAAGUGGUUUCUGCAACUUUAUGCAUUUGAAGCCAAUUUCCAGAGAAUUGAGAAGGUACUUGUACAGCCGUAAGAAGAAGAGUGGUAGAAGGUCACGCAGCCGAAGCAGAGAUCAUGUAGGGUCACGUCGGUCACGUUCACCUCGUCGCUCUGGAGGUAAGGACCGUGACCGUGGUCGUCGAGAUCGGGAGGGCAGAUCCGGCCGCUACUGAGCAGUCAGUGAUCAGCAAGAAAAUACAUUAUGAGGUAUCAUCAGUUUGGCUGCCAUUAACACUUCAGAGUAAUUAUUUUUCACUUUUAUGAAGAUUUUGUGAUUGAUUAUGUGUAUUACGACAUUUUUCAUAUGCCUAAGAUCUAUUUGAUGUAAUAAAGAAGUGUAGCAGCUA